UUCAUCUCCACUUCCCUUUUUUCCCUCGUUUUCUUCCCCGUUUUCUUCCCCUCUUNUUUUUCUCUUUAUUAUUUUAAUUAAUUUCUCCUGCAUCAGAUCUCUCUGGACCAGAGAUUAUUCGUCUCCAAGCUUGCAUCUUUGUUUUCGAUUUUUUUAACACAUACGGGAAAACCUCGAAGAUCGAUUCUCGAAAUAACCAGGUUAAUUGGGAAAACUGAGGGUCUUUUUUGUAUCUUUGGUGUGUUUGAGCUUCGAGAAAGAGAUCAAAUCAUGCAGCAGCAGCAGAACAGUUCGAGGAAACAGUUGCCGUUUACUUCCAUGAAGCCGCCGUUUGGUGUAGGAACAGGCGGUGGCGGUGGCGGUGGCGGAGACUACCACCACUUUGCUGCCGCUGAUACUCACCGGUCAGAUCGGGAAUUUGUUGAGACCGUGGUUGUGAAGAGGCUUCCUGUAAAUUGGAAUGUGACAGUAGUUUCCAUUCAAGACAGCUGUCUCUGCUUCUCAUCUCCAGAACAUAGUUCAGAUCGGGGAUCGUUUUUUGCAUAUGAUGGGAUUAUCAUGUUUCCUGGGAAGUCAUUAAAGCGGAAAACUGGGACAGUUUAUCAUGAAGUAGAAUCUGGUGAGCAAAUUGCAGGUGUUUCUGUCAUCAAAGGCCUUCUUCAGACACCACCGUCUGCAAAAUCAGGAAAAGCCCCAAAAGCCCCAAGAUCAAAUAAGGCCAACAAAACUGCAUCUCGACUUCCCAUGGCAAAUGUUGGUUCACCUGGCGGCAAUAAUCUCACUCCUGUGGGCCCCUGUCGUUAUGACAGCUCUUUAGGUCUCUUAACAAAGAAGUUCAUUGAUCUAAUUAAACGCGCAGAAGAUGGUAUUCUUGACUUGAAUAAAGCUGCAGAUACUUUGGAGGUUCAGAAGAGGCGUAUAUAUGAUAUAACUAAUGUUCUUGAAGGCAUUGGUCUUAUAGAGAAGAAACUAAAGAACAGAAUCCAGUGGAAGGGGGUGGACGUCUCAAGACCAGGGGAUGCUGUUGAGAGUAUUUCCAGUUUGCAGGAAGAGCUGGAAAAUCUGAAUCUGGAGGAACACAAAUUAGAUGAACGCAUAAGAGAAAUGCAGGACAAACUGAGGGGCCUGAGUGAAGACGAAAACAAUCAAAAGUGGCUUUUUGUCACUGAAGAAGACAUCAAAACCUUACCUUGCUUCCAGAAUGAAACUCUGAUAGCAAUUAAAGCUCCUCAUGGUACGACAUUAGAAGUUCCAGAACCCGAUGAGGCCGUGGAUUACCCACAGAGGAGGUACAGAAUAGUUCUUCGGAGCACCAUGGGACCCAUAGAUGUUUAUCUUGUUAGUCAAUUUGAGGAAAACUUUGAGGAGGUUCGUGGUGUCGAGGCCCAAGCAAGCAUUCCUGAAGCAUCAGGUGCCAAUGCGAAUGAGCCUGCACCAUUACCAACAGAGGAGAUUAGAGGAAAUGAUACUCAUCUGCAGGAAAUCGAAGCUCAAAGAAUGUGCCCGGACGCUAGUAUAUCACAGGACUUCUCGACUGGAAUAAUGAAAAUUGUACCGGAUGUUGAUAGUGAUGCUGAUUAUUGGUUGUUGUCGGAUGCGGGUAUAAGCAUCACCGACAUGUGGAGGAUAGAAUCUGGAAUCGACUGGAAUAACAUAGAUGUGAUUCCCGAAGAAAGUGCCAUAGGUGAUGUCUCCACACCACGAGCCGAGAACCCAACACCAAAUACAUCCGAAAUGCAUACUUUUGUACCACAAGAACAAACUCCACCCACAACUAUGGCAACAAUGCCUCUUGCGACUGACACUUCAGGGACUUAAAGACUCAAUCACAACUAUGGCAACAAUGCCUCUUGCCAGU